CCGGGAGACACGCUGCAGCGCGUCUGCAGUGAUUCGGGGCCAAUGUUCGACUGGAAGAGAGCGCUAAGCCAAAUCCUCCACCAUCAUCAUGUUUUCAUCCUUGCAGGGGGAGGGAGGGUUGACUACGAGGCAAAGUGGGGGGAGAGACAGACACACACGGGGCCUAGUCGCCACAUCUUUUCAUGCGAAGAAGCUGUGCCGCUAAACCACCCGUUUUUGGUUUCCCUAAACAACUCCGGCCCGGGCCUCAGUCCGCGGUCUAGAGUUUGAGAGCGGGCUGUUAGAGACCGAAGCACGUCAGCUUAUAGCUGCCAGCCAGCCCCUGUGCCCCAGCCACCAUCAUGGGAGACAGUAGAGAUUCUCGCAGUCCAGACAGUUCGUCUGUGUCGUCCCCUCCAUCGGGCCAACGCUCGCCUCCGCUGGUUCCCUCAGCUGCGGCGUCUAUGACCUCCCUGCCUCCCAUCACCACCACCGGAGUCAACAGCCCCAUCAGUAGCAUCGGCUCUCCCUUUUCCGUUAUCAGCUCUUCGCUGGGCUCGCCUUGCCUACCAGGCACACCAUCAGUGGGUUACGGCCCAAUUAGCAGCCCCCAGAUCAACUCGACAGUGUCCAUGUCAGGACUCCAUGCAGUGAGCAGCUCUGACGAUGUGAAACCUCCACUGGGCUUGAAGCAGUUGUCAUCUCACAGCCCAGGGCCGAUGCUUUCCCAGAAACGUCUUUGUUCCAUCUGUGGAGAUAGAUCCUCUGGGAAGCACUAUGGUGUCUACAGCUGUGAGGGCUGCAAAGGUUUCUUCAAGCGAACAGUGCGCAAAGACCUGACCUACACCUGUCGGGACAAUAAAGACUGUAUGGUGGACAAGAGACAGAGGAAUCGCUGCCAGUACUGCCGCUACCAGAAGUGCCUGGCGAUGGGCAUGAAGAGAGAAGUGGCCAAGAUGAACGACAGAUCUGUCCAAGAGGAGCGGCAGAGGAACAAGGAUCGGGAAGGUGAGGUGGAGUCGACGAGUGCAGUGAACGAGGAGAUGCCAGUAGAGAAGAUUUUGGAAGCAGAGAUGGCUGUAGAGCAGAAGACAGAGCUUCAUGCAGAUGGAACUUCAGGCGGCAGCUCACCCAACGAUCCUGUCACCAACAUCUGUCAGGCAGCAGACAAGCAGCUCUUCACCCUGGUGGAGUGGGCCAAGAGGAUCCCUCACUUCUCUGAGCUGCCACUGGACGACCAGGUCAUCCUGCUACGUGCAGGCUGGAAUGAACUCCUGAUUGCAUCGUUCUCCCAUCGCUCCAUCUCUGUGAAGGAUGGGAUUUUACUGGCCACGGGUCUGCAUGUCCACAGGAAUAGUGCCCACAGUGCAGGUGUUGGAGCAAUCUUUGACAGGGCGCACAAUGCCGAGGUUGGGGCCAUAUUUGACAGGGUUUUGACAGAACUCGUGAGCAAGAUGAGAGACAUGCAGAUGGACAAGACAGAGCUGGGCUGCCUUCGAGCAAUCAUCCUAUUCAACCCAGAUGCCAAGGGUUUGUCCAACCCCAGUGAGGUGGAGCUCCUGAGAGAGAGGGUGUACGCAUCUCUCGAGGCUUACUGCAAACAGAAGUACCCCGACCAGCAGGGCAGGUUUGCAAAGCUCCUCCUCAGGCUCCCAGCACUGCGCUCCAUUGGUCUAAAGUGCCUGGAGCACCUGUUCUUCUUUAAACUGAUUGGUGACACGCCCAUUGACACCUUCCUGAUGGAGAUGCUAGAGGCGCCACACCAGCUCACCUAGAGGAGCCAGGUUCGAUCCAGUCAGGAUCCGGUGCACACCAGGAUUACCAACACGACCCCUAGUGUUGGUCACUGGCUCUUGUUGGGCCUCAGUUAACUGCAGCACCUGCUGGUUUUUAUAUACCAGCUAUCUCACUUACACACACGCACACACACACAAAAAACGUAUAUCCCAUUGUGGCUAAUUAUCUUCACACACACACACAUGCAGAUUCUUGAAAUUACAUACAUGGAUUGACACGCAAUGUAACUAAUACACACAUAUUAUGACUUGGCAUGAACAAUAUGCUAGCACACACACACACACACAAACAUAAACAUACACACACAGAAAAAUAUACAUCAUCAUCUUUUCCCAUACUUGGUUUUCCACCACAGGGGUUAUGACUCAAAGAAUAUAUCCCCUUUUAUCACACAUAUACAGUAAAUGUCUUAAUUUUAAGUUAGCUUUCAGUUUUCACAUCUUUAUCUCGCAGUGGGUUUUUGCUUCUGCGUAACUGGUGUAUUUCCCCUGUUUAUACUCGGGUUACUGACAGUUACUGCUAGCUGCACCUCUGUAUCUUAUAUCCAUCACUAGCCGGUUAGUUAUUCAUGUAUGAUUUUAGCUUGAAAUCAGGUGCAUAGCAUUUCAAUCAACUGUCCACCAUCAAAGAAAUUCAUUUUUUAUUGUCAGGAGGUGUCCUAUAACGGACAGGCAAACACCCUCCCGAUGAGUUCAUUCAAUCUCAUAAACAUGAAAUGUUUUAUGCUUUUUGAAUAUUCAUGCUGAAACUUGUUUGAGUUUCUAUUUUGAAGUACUGUACUCAUGAAAUGAGAGCUUUUUCCAAGGCAUUGAAACCCAGGAAAAGGGGGCUGGGAGCACUUUGUUGAACAGACAAGCUUAGUCCCUCCCACCCUGAUGCGCACAGCGGGCUUUGUAAGACAAGAAGAAUGACUUGAAUAUUUUUUUUUUAUUUUUUUUAUUUUUGAUUUUAUCCUUUUCUCUACUUUGGCAGAUGGUUGGCAUUUUAAACAGCUUGAGGCUCACGGGAAGUACAGCUUCAUGCAAAAAAAAAUAAUAAUAGUAUUUGUUUCACUCUUAUCUCCUAUUUCCCCAAAUCCUCCCUUUUCUGGUGGUCAUUUAUGCACUUUUGUGAGUUGUAGCUGUGUAAAUGUUCCUGUUUCCUAGAAAUGACCAUCUGUUCUCAGACACCGAAGAUGAACUUGAAGGUACUAUGUGUAGGGUUUUCUCAUUAUUGCAUCAUUGUCCAAUCAGAUGUGAUGGUUUGUUAUAGAACGUGCUAAAAUAAUUGGUCACUUCCUGUACAGGUGAUAGCCAGUUUAGCUGGCAAUAGUUUUAUUAGUUUGGCCGAACAUCCAGCACAGCUGAAAGUCUCUUAUUGUUGAUGGUUGCUCUUUACUCCAGAAAUCUUCUUUUUAUUAACUUCUAUUGGCCAUGAAAGAGCAAAAUAUUUUUUGUUCUCUCCGAACAAUUGUGCGUACAAUUGGACAGCCUGUAUCUGAGUUGUGCAGCCUACUGUUCAGGGAGGUUUAAGUAAAUAAAUAAGUGACGUUUGACUCCUCUACCCAGUGUCCUUGCACAGCAUACUGGAGGAGUUGGAGAGACAUUGCUGUACUCGGUCUGAAUGCUAAAAUUUUGUGCAACACGAAUAAUAGCAACAGAAGUGGGAAAUGUAAAGACCACAUGAAACAAUCUGCCAUUGGCAAGACCUGCAGUAUUUCACAUGGAAGUCAACCACCCUCAAAUUUGGCCUAUUUGCAAUAUUUUUACCACCCACUGCUCAUGGAUGGAUCACUGGUUGUGGAGUAGAUUGUUGAACAAUUCACCCAUGUUACAAGCGAUCGUGUGUCAAGUUGCUGGAAUGCAAUAAUGAAAUUAAUUAGUGCUGCAUAAUGGAAAUCCUACACUUACUACCUGCAGCUUUGGAAACUUUAUUCAGUCUGUAUUGACUCAGUGCUUGCGACUUUUGUACAGUAGAUGUAAAUAAUACAAAAAAACACAGGAGUCAUGCAGAAACAAAGGCCUGUUCACACUUGAGAAAGCAAAAUAUGUGGCUCCAACAAACAAAUUUUAAAGCUCUAUUUUUUUGCUGUUGAAGCAACAUUGGACUUGCCUCCCAUGUAAUGACAUUACCAUGAAACUGUUUUUGAGCCCAGGGCCAAACCACACCUCACUGCUGCUUUUGCACCAACUUCUGCCAAUGUUUCCUGUUGUUCUUGGUAAUUGAUUGGCUGGAUUUUGUUGACAAUGGCACUUGACAUUUACUGUGAUUGAAAUUUCUGAGUAACUGAAUCUAAGCGUUGCAGUGAAAAGUCAAAUGCAGCUACCACAUAAUCAGGAGACAAAGCAAACUAUGAAUUUUACCAUCUACACAUGCUCAAAGUUGAGCAAUACUGGGGUACACAUAAAGUUUUACUACCAUUUUUGUUAGCAAAGUAUUUAAAAGAGUGUUGACAUUCUGAGGUAUACUUAGCCUUCUUGUUAGAAACCACAUUUAAUAGAAAUCAGAAACAUAUUUUGCAGUAUCAUUCUACAGGGAGGAGGUACAGCUGUCCUCUACCAGGUGCUAAAUAACUAAUAUGGUCUUUUAGUUUAAGAUUUGCACAUUUACAUCAAUGCAAACACAGUAUGCAAGUACACAGACAAAUCAGACAGCCUUUCUCCCCUCAUUAUUUUAUGACCUCUGCCUUUAUUGCAGACUCCCAGCUAUGGAAAAUGAAUACCAGUUAAGUGCUUGUACAUUUGGCUGUGGCUGGUAAGACUUUGUACUCUACCAGACACAGCCAGAGUCUUUUGUAAUUUAGAAAGCAGUUAAGUUGGUGGAAGCAAUGAAAGUAGCUGUUGGAUUUUGGGGUCUGUCAGCUCCUUUGACCAGAAUAAGCAAUGAGCUUCCUGCCCUGCAGAUAGUCCAAAUACCUCUUCUCAGAGAGGAUCCUUGGCCUGCCCCAUGUGACGUGGUCAUAGAGGCAGGCAGUUGACCUGUAAGACAGGUGCUUUGUUUAACAUGGAAGUCAAUCGGUCUAACGUCAGAGUUUGGUGUUUGAGUUUUCCUCCAUCCUCGCAUUCGUACGGCCAGCUCAACAAAAGUGGUCUCCAGAUGUCCAUCAGUCUCCUUGUUAGAGAGAAAAGUCAGCCCCUUGUGCACCAUUGCUGACUCAUUUUGUUGGAAAAGGUAGAUGGUUGCAAGCUUAUGAUUUAGGUGAGAAGCACCGACAUCUGCCAGAAUUCUUGCACUGUAUUUGCUGUAGUGUAGUCUCAGUGCUUUAAUGGCUUGUGUUUGCUGCAGAUUAGCUAAUAAGAGUUUUGGGACUUGAGUGAGAGUGGUUCUUCAGCCUCUGGGCUUCCUGGUCUAUGAUCUGGAUUACAAUUCAGAUGACAUAAGAUAGUUGGGCUGUGGAAGUAGGUCGUGAGUGCAACCCAAAAUUAGCUUUUUGUCCUGAAGUCCCUCAGAAAAAGCUGAUUUUAGGAUGUGUGCUUGUGUGAAUAAUCUCUGGUUGGUUGAUAACUUGAGAAACCUUCUCAGCAGGACUUAAAGUUUUUGGAGCUUCCUCUGUUGAAUGUUUAAGCCUGCUGCUACUGCACCAUCUUUAUAACUGGGCAUGGGAAUAAUUAUACAGUCAGUCAUGUGCUGGAGGGAUCACUAGUUCACAUUAAAUACUAGACACACCCACAGCUGACUGAGCAGAUACCAAUCUCUAUUGAUGAAUCUUCUGAGAGUCAAAAUAUGCAACUUGUAUAUUCAUAUUGUAAUACGGUUCAACGGUUGUCAUGCAUUCUGUUUCUGGCAUUUGUAAAUUUAGCUUAGACUUUUACAUAAGUUCAUAUUAAUUGGCAGUGAAAUCAUUUAGCAUUCCCAUCCCUACAUAUAACGGCAUUGUAUUUAAGGUCGUGCCAUUUCUGUAUUUCUCUGCGUUUUGCUAUGAGCUUAGCAUUUAGAUGAUGAUAAACGGAUACAGUGAAAAAAGCGAUACAUCAGCGCAGAUUUUCUUUGCUACGCCACUUCAAGCUAUGCUGAUAAGACUGACUGUUUAGCAAAAGCUGGUUGGGUAUUUCAGUUUUUUAAGCACUUGUUGUAGGGUAUAUGUGUCUGUUUUUGUGCACAUGCAUAUGGAAUCAGUCUGCAGCUGCACCGUUUGACUGGCAGAUACUGAAGCUUUGGCUGUGACUUGCUGAGCGCUGUUAAAUACAUGAGUUGAGCAAAAAACUGAAAGGGUGCAGGAAAAGGAGCCAGGCUAGAGGGGCGAUUAACUGGCUUGUUGAGCUGAUGCUUUAUUAAUAAUGCAACCCAGCCUCCUUCUUCCCGUUACUUUGCCCCGUCUCCACUGCUUUACUUUAGACCUAACAUAGCGUAUCCACUCACCCAAGUGGGCUGAAAAUUACUGGGCUUUGCAUUGGAAUGGACUUGUAAAAUAAACCUAUGAUUCUUGGACUGUUUGAAAAGGAUGUGAAGCUUACUAUGAGACAAGUGUUGGAGAGCUGUAGAGAAGGGAUUCAGUGCCGUGUGUCCCUCUUUGCUUACUUUACUUGACGGCAGAGCUGUGACGAUGUGUGGUCACCAUGGGAGACCACGGAAUCGCACCUCCCACAAAUUUUUGUCGUUGCAACCGUGUGCACUCAAGGCAGACGCAUGCUGUGACCUUUUGACUGUGUAGCAGUAUUGUUGUCGCCCUCUUUGUUACAUUUUCAAAUUACUCGCUUUUUUGAAAAUAACGAGAUUGAUUGAAUCUGCUUUUUUGGAUCGCAGGCUAUGACUGAAGAAUUGAUCGUCAUGUACAGAUUAGACAUCAGGGCAGCGUUUUGACAGGCCUCCUGGAGCCAAGGCCCAUCCUGUUGUGAUCAAUGAGGCGCAGUGUGUGCUAUGCAGCCUUGAAAACACCACCCUCACUGGUUUAUUUAUCACUGCCAAGCUGUUUGCGGCCGUUUUAAAUGCAGGGCCGCUCAGUCCCCAGUGCUCGUCUGUCAUGUAUGUUGUGAUUAUUGUGCAGCACACUAAAGAGUGUGCGCUAACCUUGGCCUGUGUAAUGCAUACUAAAGAGGGGCCCUAAUAGGAAUGGAAUGACAGCUCGUGUGAAGAGGGGAGGACUGGUCACGGGAGAGCGAAGGAGACCAGCGUGUAGACCCCUCUGGGUGCUCAAGCUGUGUAUUGGUGCUUUUUAUAGGGUCCCACAGCCUGAUGACAUCUGCUUUGGUUUCUGAGGUGCAGGUAAAUGCAUAUGAGUGACAUGAAAAUAAGGAAUGAUUUGACAGGGCUUGCCUGGCCUAGUCCUGGACCUGCUCUUCUUCAGUUGGAUUUGGUUGGAUACUUUUUGUGACCGAGUGGUAACUGUGUUAUGAGUCCUAAUGUGGUUGGAGUGACACAGUGGAAAGGCCACUAGAAAUCACAGGUUAGGAGACACCUCCCACUAAGACCUGCUUACACUGAAUGGACUCGAAUGGAGGCGUCAACUGAACAUGUUUGCUGUUCUUAAGGAGGAGGUGGUUGCUGGUGUUACAGGUUGGAUAGUUUGUGAAGGGUUGGUCAGAGAGAUAACUGGAUGAGAAAAGAAGGGCAGGGACUUGAAGAACUCAGAUCAGGUGUUCCGUUAUUGACCGAGAAGAAAAACAGAAAAAACUAUUUUCCAGUAGAUCUAGAAUCUUCCUUAAUUGUUUACUCUUCACUUUAAAAAAUUUCACAGUUUCUUUGUCUUGUUUCUCGUCUCCCUCUUCUCCAACUAUGCUAUUCAUCUUUUGUUUAUUACAAAGUAUUAAACAAAUACAAGAACUGUAAAAUCAGAAUGGAAUCUGUCACUCUUAUUUUUAAUUUUUCUCUCUUUCUCCUGUGUCUGUUCUUUGUCCUGUUUGUAUCCUACUCCAUCAUACAUGUGGAGCCGAUUGACUAUUCUGUGCUUUGGGGAUUGAAAGAAGAAAAAAAAUGAAUAAUUUUUUCAGUCAUUAAUUCUGAAUCUUGUUUCUGUUUGUUGUAUCAUGUCCGAGUAAAGGUUUUAAUACUGUA